AGCCCUCGCCACAACAUUUCUCUUUUAUCUGAACUGCUCCGUGCGGUUUGUGUUACCCUGUGAGCUUAGCAGGGAAACUUGCGUGUGGUGAAGCCUGACAGUUGGACGAGUUCGCACUUCUAUCACGAACAACGCAGAGACGGCGAUGACGUGGACGCAGGAAGGAAUCCCGGUUGGUCGCGUUGGUGUUUUUGGGAGCUGGCCUCUGAUUGGUCCCGCAAAGCCGUCGCACCUGUCGUGCCGGCCGAACCUCGGCGGAGUUCGUUGGGCCAAAAGUGGGCCGGCCAACCGUCAAAGAUCGAGGAAGGAAGCGUGAAAAGCGAUUGCGAGCUCGCGCGGAUCAGGACCGGAGCGAUGCACGAUCUUCUUCCUCCGGAAACACAACUUGAGCCAAAGUCAAAUUCUGCGCGCACAAAGUCGUUCGAGAAACUUCCUGCGGGCUCGCCGAUGGCGUCCGAGGUGCAAUUCAACGGCAGACAACUUUUAAAAGUUGACAUAGGCGACGAUUUGCUCAGCUCGGACGACUUCUCCGGCUUCCUGCGAUGGCCCGGUCCGGCCGGCCCCCCUGCGGCCAAUGACAGCGACCCCGACGCGGCCACCCCGAGGACGUCCAUCGUGGACUGCCUGCUGGUGGAGCUGUACGACACGUACAGCGGCAAGAGGAACGUGGACAGCUGGGACAGCUCCACCGAGGCGUCCGGCCCGGAUGCCUUCCAGGGCCGCUGGAACGCCGGCUCCGGAUUCCUGCAGGAGCUGCAGGAGAAACACACCAGGAGGCACCAGGUCAACUAUUUGGCCCGCAAAGAACCUGAGGAGCUGCACGCCAUCAUCCAGGAGGUCAAGUACCGCACCGGCGUCCGGUCGGCGAAGUUGAUUCGCCAGCUGAGGCGGCGAGAUCGACUGGUGCGCAAAUUGCAGAACUACUACGACAUCGUCACCGCCUGCCUGCAAGCCGUCUCGCUGAAACGACGAGUGGACACGAGGCUCAAGUUCACCAUCGAACCUUCCGUUGGGAAGAACGGAUUUCAGCAGUGGUACGACGCCCUCAAAGCCGUGGCCAGACUUCCGACCGGAAUCCCCAAAGAAUGGCGGAAGCGGGUGUGGCUGACGCUGGCCGACCAGUACCUCCACAGCAUCUCCAUCGACUGGGACAAGACGCUCCGCUUCGCCUUCAACGAGCGCAGCAACCCUGAUGACGACUCGCUGGGCAUCCAGAUCGUCAAGGACCUGCACAGGACGGGCUGCAGUUCUUACGGCGGGCAGGAGGGCGAGCAGGACAGGGUGGUCCUGAAGCGGGUUCUGCUGGCCUACGCCCGCUGGAACAAGGCGGUGGGCUACUGCCAAGGCUUCAACGUGCUGGCCGCGCUCAUCCUGGCGGUUACCCAGGGAGACGAGAGCGACGCGCUCAAGGUCAUGAUCUACCUGAUUGACAAAGUGCUGCCUGAGAGCUACUUUGCAAACAACCUCCGCGCAUUGUCAGUGGACAUGGCGGUGUUCCGAGACCUUCUGCGCGUCAAGCUUCCCAGGCUGUCCCAACACCUGCACCGCCUCCAGAAGGCGGCCAAUAAGGAGGCGGGAGGCAGCUACGAGCCGCCGCUGACCAACGUGUUCACCAUGCAGUGGUUCCUCACCAUGUUCGCCACCUGCUUGCCGGCGCCCACCGUGCUCAAGAUUUGGGACUCUGUGUUCUUCGAGGGCUCCGAGGUGCUGUUCCGCGUCGCCCUCGCCAUCUGGGAGCGACUGGGAGAGAGGAUUUUGUAUUGCCAGACGGCCGACGACUUCUACAGCACGAUGGGUCGCCUGACUCGGGAGAUGCUGGACCGAAACCUCGUCGAUCCUCCUGACCUCAUACAGGAGGUUUACGGCAUGGCGGCGUUCCCGUUCCCUCAGCUGGCCGAGCUGAGGGAGAAGUACACCUACAACAUCACGCCCUUCCCGACCUCUGUCAAGCCCAACGGAAGCGGCUGGGAGAGCGACGACGAGGCGGCGGAAGCGGACGACGACGACGCGGCCGUGUCGGCGCUCGGCUGUUUGGGGCCGCUGGGGGGUCUGCUGGCGCCAGAGAUGCAGCGGUACCACAAGCACCUCAAGGACCAGCGAGCCGAGCGGGGCGACAUAGCCGAGCUGAGUCCGGGAGCGGUGGGGGGAGGGGCCAGGGCGGAACACCAAGCGGCCAUCAACAGCAUGAUGACGGAGCGCAUGAGCACCGACAUCCACGCGCUCAAGAAGCAGUACGCUCGCACCAAGAGGCGGCAGCAGCAGCAGGCCGCGCAGCUCUGCAUUCACACAGAAAAGUGUCCCGCCACCCGCGUCCUAGCGUCCCAACUCAACCCGUCCGGCACAGUCAUCAACCACCUGCUUCUGGGUCGGAAAGCCCGCGGAGCUUCCCGGCCUUCCGGCGGCACGCCCGCCGCGUCGUCCCCCGCCCGUGGCUCUCCGGGCGGGCGGGGGCGCGGCUCGCGGCCCUCCGACGGCGGCGCGGGGUCUCCCUGGCGGGCUCACGUGCGAGCCCAUCGGAGGAACGUCGCCUGGGCCCGGGCUCAGCUGGGCUUUGGAGAUUCCGAGGAGAUGGACGAGGAGAACGGGAAAACGGAACACCGAGUUAGUGACGGCGCCGCCGAGGGGAGCGCCUCUUCCGAGUGUGCGGAUCCGGCGCGUGAGGGCGCCGCACAGAAUGUUCCCGCGGAGGCGGACGAGGUGGAGGUGCGACUGGGCACCGUGGACCUGGACGACAAUCCUCCAAAGCCGACUUCGGAUACCCAGCCUGUCCCUCAUCCAUCUUCAGUCGCGCAGAAGGACUCGUCAAGUUCCGAAGGCGGGGAUGGCCAUUUCCCCGCCGUCACGCCGCCUCACGCCCACUCCCGCGUCCCGUAUUCUCCGCCUUCAACUCAGAGUCCGUCACCAUCUCCGGUUUCUACGUUAACGUCCGCCGAGCCGUCGUCCUCCCCGACGCCGCCUUCCACGCCGCCGUCGAGCUCCGCUCGUCGCGCCGCUUGCUCCGCACCCGUUCGAGGCUUCUACAAAACAUCGUCCCCGUCCACACUCUCGCUCUCCUCCGUCGGGUCCUCGUCUCGACCUUUCAUUCCCGCCUCCGCGGCGAAGCCGCAAGUCUUCUCGCCGUUCCCGUCCGUCAAGCUGCCCAGGAAAUCGGCGGCGGCCCGAAACCUGGGCCUAUACGGCCCCACCUCCGGGACGCCCGCUGUCUGCUUCCCCCAGCUGAGCCGCAACUGUAGCGGUGCCGCCGGCACCUCCAGGAAGUGCUGAGAACUUUUCCCCCAGCAGUCAGGCACACAGCGUUACCUCCUAGAAAUCGCUCGGCUAAGAAAAGUUCAUCCCGGGAGAGAGGAAACGAGAGAUUUUCCUUCGCCUGUGCAGGUUCCAGCGGACCGAACCGCUGAUCAGAACUGAAACGUGACUCCGACCCACUUGUUUCUAUGCCGAGAAGAUAAAAUAACCGAAAGUUUUUUUGUGAUGCACUUGCAACCAAAAUUGUAUGCUUGCAUCACAACUGUUCAACACGGAAUGUAAACACAAAUAAACCAAGAACUCCUGCAUGGAAGUUUGUAUUCACAUUUUACGAUGUCUGAUUUAUGGAGGAAAA